AUCGCGCUUGCCACAUCUUUCCAACAUUGAACCUUUGAUAAGUGUAUAACAUCUAACUUCUAACUUCUAAUACUCUAGCAAUUACGAUCGCAAUCAGAAUUGCAAUCGGAAAAGAUGCAUGUCGAACGCAGCGUCAAGCUCGUCACCGAGCAGCAUAACAUCCCGAAGCCUUCUCCGAUGCCCGAAUUCCCGAUGAAGGAAUGGUCCGUGAAGAUAUACGUACUUGACCAGGCUGGCAACGAUCACCCCGCCAACUGCUUCACCAAGGUUACCUACAACCUCCAUCCUUCUUUUGAGGAUAAGACGCACCAGACAUUCGUGGAUCCUCCCUUUACUUGCGCUAAUGAGGGAUGGGGCGAGUUCGAGAUGUCCAUCGACUUAUUCACCACCGAGAAGGGCGGUAAGACCACCAUUUACCACGACUUGAACUUCCAGUCUCCUCGCUACGAGGUCGUCCAGUCGGUCACCUUUAAGAAUCCUUCUCAGGCUCUCCUGUCUAUUCUCCGAGAGACCGGUCCAAUUCCCAACGACGAUGAUUCCAAAGCCGCCGCCAAGUCUCGCAAGACAAACGAUCUAAAAAAGAAGAAGGCUGCUUGCGACUUUGAGAAGAUGGCUGAUGGCCUUACGAAGCUGAACGAGGAUGACCUGCUUCAUGUGAUCCAGAUGAUCCACGAUCACGGUACAGAGGAUACCUACACGAAGAAUGACAUCGAGAACGGCGAAUUCACCGUGGACUUGUUGACCCUUCCAGACAGCCUAGCCAAGAUGAUUUGGGACUUUCUAGUUGAAAUCAAGACAAUUUCUUAGAGACUAAUCCUAGAUCUUGACGGCUGGCGUUCGUAUGGACCGGGAAUAGUCUCUUAGUCAUCUCUUUUUUUCUUCUCCUCUUCGUCUUCUCAGAAAUAGGUUGCAUUGCAUUGGCAUCGGCGUUGGAGGUUUAGGCAAGGCACCUCUUUUUAAGUGUCAGGCAGGUGGCAAUGGUGACAUUGGCGUAUGGUUGCGUUUAAACGCCCCACGCGGUAGAUACCCUGCAGUCAGUCUCCCGACAAAUGCUAUUGAUGUUUUAAAGAGAACAACAUUUUGCAA